ACAAUUUCUGUACCAUUUAAACUUAUUCCAUGUUCCUUUCUAAAUAUAUCAAUAGUAUUUGAAAGUUUUUAAAAGAACGUUUUAUUCGAGAUGGCAGCACCAGCUGUGGGCAUCGAUCUUGGUACUACGUAUUCCUGUGCUGCAGUCUUCAGGAAUGGCAAGGUGAACGUGAUACUUAACCCUGAAGGCAACCGCGUCACGCCGUCAAGCGUGGCAUUUACGUCUAACGAACGACUGAUCGGUGACGCCGCCAAAGCCCAGGAGAUGGUCAACCCGGAGAACACUAUUUUCGACGCAAAGCGACUCAUAGGGCUUCGAUUUGGUGAUCCCGUGGUACAAGAGGAUAUAAAGAACUGGCCCUUCAAAGUAGUGGAAGGACAUGAAGGCAAGCCCAAAAUUGAAGUGAGUUUUCAGGGCGAAACCAAGAGUUUCUACCCUGAGCAAGUGAGUGCGAUGGUGCUGUCCAAACUCAAGGACUCGGCAGAGGCGUACCUAAGACAACCAGUGCAAAACGCCGUGAUCACCGUGCCAGCGUACUUCAACGAUUCGCAGCGUCAAGCUACCAAAGAUGCUGGCACUAUCGCAGGCCUCAACGUGCAGCGCAUCAUCAACGAACCAACUGCUGCUGCUCUUGCGUACUCGCUGGACAAAACCAAUGAGGACGCCGAAUGUAAUGUGCUAAUUUUCGAUUUGGGUGGCGGUACUUUUGAUGUCUCUGUAUUGUCAAUAGAGUAUGGCAUCAAUGAGGUCAAAGCUACCGCUGGUGAUACCCACUUGGGUGGUGAAGAUUUUACUGAUCGUAUGGUGCAGCACUGUCUAAAAAAAUUACAAGAGAAGCAUCAAAUAGAUUUCAGUACAAAUAAAAAAGUCCUAACCAGAAUUAAAAACUAUUGUGAGCGCGCGAAGCGUAUACUGUCCACAGUAAUAACAGCUGAUAUUAAUAUAGAUGCAUUGCAUGAAGGUGAAGAUUUUCAUAUUUCUUUCAAUCAGGCGCUGUUCGAAGAGUUGAACAGGGAUCUUAUGGAGAAAACAUUAGGAUAUAUGGAAAACGUGUUGCGCGACGCGAAAAUGAACAAAGCCGAUAUCGACGAAGUCAUUCUUGUUGGCGGCUCGACCAGAAUUCCGUAUGUCCAAAAACUGGUGAUGGAUUUUUUUGAUGGUAAGCAAUUGAACAAGACGUUGAAUGCUGAUGAGGCUGUUGCGUGUGGUGCGGCAAUACAGGCAGGGAUUAUGGACGAGAAAUCGGAAAAUACAUUAGACCUGGUGCUUGUGGACGUGACACCUCUGUCACUUGGAAUUGGCACUCUCGGUAAUGUGAUGACUAAGUUGAUAGAACGGAAUACUGUUGUACCUGCAUCGGCAACGAAGGUUUUUUCCACCACAGUGGACAAUCAAACGCAGGUUCUCAUUCAAGUUUACGAAGGUGAACGCCUAAUGACACAGGACAACCAUCUUCUUGGUAAAUUUACGCUUACCGACAUCCCGCCAGCUCCGAAAAGGGUUCCGCAAAUCGAAGUCACUUUCGAUAUUGACGAAAACGGUAUCCUCAGCGUGUCAGCUGUCGAACGUAGCGGGAAUAAAUCGGAAAAGAUCACCAUUACAAAUGACAAAGGCAGGCUUUCGAAGCAACAGAUCGACAGUAUGAUCAGAGAAGCGGAAUUAUUCAAGAAGGAAGAGGAACAAAUGAAAAUCGUUAUUAAGGCCAGAAAUGAACUCCACGACUACUGCUUUAGUAUGCGUUCGAAGGUCGAGAGCAAAGAUUUCAAAAAUCGCUUAGAACCCAAAAUGAAGCAAGACAUUUUGGACAAGUGUAAGGACACGCUUAGUUGGCUUCAGCACAACCAAACAGCGACAGCCGAAGAGUUGAAUAGUAAACUAUUCGAACUAAAACUAGUAUGUGUAUCUAUUAAUGAAUAGUAAUUACAGGCCAUCGAGUAUAUAA